CCUCCAGUUUCUCCUCCUCGAGGAUCCAGACGUAUUUGAACAGUGGAAACGGUCGUUAGAAACGCUGGAAGGAAGGGAGUGACAAGGGAGGGCUUUUCUUUUAAGGUUGUGCAACAUAAUCCAUCGCAGCCGUGAAUUUGAUGCAAGAUCGGGGACAAAGGAGCUGCAAAGAGUGCAUGGCGUGCGGCUCCGCACUGAAUUAAGAAGCUUUGGGAGACUCGUGCUCGCAGCGUCACCACGUUCUUCGUAAAUCUGGCACAAAGGGAAACUUUGGGAUAUUACUGCUGCCUCGUAUCUUCUUCGUAUAAACUCUGCUUUGCGUCCUUGCUUAUGGUUUUAUAUUUGGACUUUCUCUCCAAGCCUGUAACUGUCCCCCACCAAAUAUAGCCACUGGUAAUGCUGGAGCGCCCUUGAGGAGCGGAUUGAUUGGAUGUUUGCAACGCUGCCAAAGUUUAUCAUUAAACGUUUAAAAUAUUGUGACCCGGCAGAGAUUUUACUGACCAGCACUUAAAAAAAAAACCAGCUAAUCUAAUUAUCAGAUUGGACGCUUGAUAGCUGGGGCGUUAUUAUCAUCAUCAUUAUUAUUUCCACAUUUGGCUGUCUGUUGUGAUAUAUGUUGACUGAAAAGCCUCCUAACAGAAGCCAUUUUUAAGUCUUAGAAUUUCCUGAAGCUGCCCAACCUGCUCCGGACUACAGCCUUAACCUGUGCGCGCACAUCUUGGCUAACAUUUUUCUAUUGUUCUCAAAAUCCUUUCACCGGCGGACGGUUGCGUGCGUCUGGCUGUAGGACGCGGUGCCAUGGCUCGGUUUUUGAUAGCUGCCUUCGUGUUGGCUCUCGGUGUGGCGGUGGGCUGGGCUGGAUCUGAAGCUGGAGGCAAGCAGGCCAAGGCAGAGAGCCCACCAAUGAUCACCCUUCAUACCCUGAUCAUGGGAACCUGCCAGGAGAUCCAGCGUUACACGGAGUCGAUGGUGGGAACCAGCGUGAUACGGUCAGCAGCUGAGAGUGCAGUUUUGUUUCUUGAGUCAUUGCUUGGCCAAGAGAACGUCUAUUCAGUAGCCAUGUUUCUGGAGACGGUGAUCCGAUUCUUGGCUGAAGGAGCUGCCAGCGGCCUGAAUGUCAUCGCAGUUUAUGUCACAGAGAUCCUCAGGGUCACAGGAUUUGAUGUUGCGCUGACAUUGCCCCGCUUCACUCCAGAGGGUGUGACCGCCGUUGCCCAAUGGGGUCUGGUGGGACUCAUUGGAUACUGGGGGCUGACCAUCAUCCUCCGUCUGCUGAUUGUUGUGGUGAAGCGAGUGUUCUGGGUGGUGAAAACAGUCUUGGCGCUCUGGUUUUUUGGACUGAUCGUGACUGACAAGAGCGCAUCUGCAGACACCACAGCAGUUCGACUGAGCGGCCUGGUGCUGACAUGCGUCCUGUUGACUUUCCUCACAUCUGGCUCUGACAAGUCUUGUGUAGUGGAGAACCGACUGAGCACCCUGGAGGGCCGGCUGAAGGCUGUAGAGAAGAGGAAAGGGGAGUAAUGAUGAUAAAGGGUGGACAAAGGUGAUGAUAAUAAUGUAGGCUGAGAAAGUGGUAACACUAAAUGAUUUUAAUAUCUGUGAGAAAUGUGGGAAAUAAAGUAAUCUCUGGGAUUUUUAAUCAGAAAUGCUCUUUUUCUUGGCCUCCAAAAAAAAAAAAAAAAUAGAAUGUUUACCUUAAUAUAAAAUAUGGUUGGUAAUAAACAUUAUUUAUAUACUGUUUCUCUUAUCUGUGUCACAAAGCCAAACAAUGAAAAAGAAUGUGCACAGUAGACGAGACAAUGAUGAUCAAUUUAAAAAUGCUUAAAAAUUAGAAUAGAAAAAAAUGAAAGACUUUCUAAAAAUAUUUCCUAUUAAAACAAACAAAAUUUUUCACUUGAAGGGGGCCUUAAGGAGAACUUCCAAAGUGUUUAGGCUACAUUCUGUAAGAGUCAUGCAUGACUAUCAAUAUAUUUUUUUCCACCUGCUAGUGGUGCUAAAUUAAAACACUGCUUGUCAUAUUAGUUAUGUCAGAGUUAUCCCCUUGACAACAUUUAUCCGGACCAAGUCCGUUGCCCUCCAAAAUCAUUACAAGAUGUCAACCAGCUGCCAGAACAGCUAGUACAUGAAACCUAUUUCCUCUGGAUGGAAAGAGUCUCAGAUUAGGAUACAUCAAGUCGAUUUUAAACAGCCAGUCUUGUAUUAUAAGCUUCUACAUUCCUGCUGUCCACUUAACUAGAAGAUGAUGUGAUCAUCCUGGUUUGCGCCCCCCGCUGCAAUUCCGACUGAAUAUCCCAGUCUCUGUGCCAAAAUGAUCAUUCCUACUAGCUCACCCUGCAGCACUCAACUCACCGCCCUCCUUCACCCCACUGCUGUGGUAGAGUGCCAAGUGGGCUUGAAACAAAUCAGUGACAGCUCCCACUGCCACCACUCUUUCCGCCUCAUCAAAUGGAGAGCCAACAAAGAUACAGCAACUCGGUCAGAACAUUUAUACAACACUAGAAAAAGCUAUUUUUAGCCAUCACUUUAAAAACACUCCACUGUAUUAAAUCAUAUAAAAAUCAAAGAUCUUAAAACCAGAUUAACACCAGAUGAACUGGAUUAAAACCAAAAAGAA